UUCCGUAUGUACGCGUUGAUUUGGUCGUAUUAUCCCAAUUGUCAAUAAUUUCCUGUACUAGUUUUUAGUUUUGUAUGAAGAUAGUCGACUAAUUAUUGAUAUUUCUAUUAUAAACAAGCGCAUGUUCUGUUCAUUUGUUUACAAAAUGCGUGUUAGUUAUAGGGUAAAUGAAUGAGCGACACAGGUAGUGAGUCAGACGAGGCGACCGAGCGUACGGCACUCAUGGACGGCCACAUCGCAGAAGCUCGUCCCGACAGGGAGAUCGCCGAAAGGAUCGCCAGGAAAAAGAAAACAAAAUCGGACACCCAGCGCACUUAUGGCGUGAGUAACACGAAUAGUGUGGAACAAAAUGAUGGUGGAGGCUCCAGUGGGCCGAGCAGGCCUGGGCCUAGCGGGCCUAACCCACCGCAGCCAACAGAGCCACAGAUUGAAGAGUUGGAGCUGAAGUAUGGUGCUCGCCAUGUGAUCAAGCUAUUUGUACCUGUUACACUGUGUAUGCUGGUGGUUGUAGCUACAAUAUCAACUGUCAGCUUUUACUCUGUUAAAGAUGUAUAUUUAGCAUACACACCAUUUCAUGAAGAAAGUCCUCACGCAGUGACCAAAGUAUGGAAUGCACUGGCCAACUCCAUGAUCCUACUGUGUGUGAUCGCACUGAUGACCGUGCUGCUCAUAGUGCUGUACAAGAAGAGAUGCUAUAAGAUCAUACACGGCUGGCUCAUUCUCUCCUCCUUGAUGCUGCUGUUUUUGUUCUCAUAUUUGUAUAUAGAAGAAGCGUUAAGAGCCUACAACAUCCCAAUGGAUUACAUAACACUAGGGUUUGUGAUGUGGAACUUUGGUGUCAUGGGCAUGAUCGUCAUCCACUGGAAGGGGCCCUUGCGGCUACAGCAGGCCUAUCUGAUCUUUAUCGCUGCAUUAAUGGCACUUGUGUUUAUCAAAUAUCUGCCGGAGUGGACGACAUGGGCAGUGCUUGCUGUUAUCUCUAUUUGGGAUCUAGUAGCAGUAUUGACUCCAAAGGGCCCUCUGAGGAUAUUAGUCGAAACAGCUCAAGAAAGAAAUGAACCCAUCUUCCCAGCUCUCAUUUACUCAUCGACGGUGAUGUACUGCCUCGUGGGGACGACGACGACGGGCGAAGGUGAGCCCCGGGAGCUGCGGCCUCUCAACCACGGUACCGCGGGCGAAGGCAGAGCUGCGGCGCGGCCGGCGUCGGGCGCAGACGGGGACGGCGGCUUCGACGCGGCGUGGGCGGCGCGGCGCGACGCGGGCCGCGACCCCGGCCGGGACUCGGGCCGCGACCCCGGCCGGGACUCGGGCCGCGACCCCGGCCGGGACUCGGGCCGCGACCCCGGCCGGGACUCCGGCCGCGAGGCGCGGCGCCUGCGCGUGGACGGCACGCAGCCCGCCAACUACACCACGCGCGUCGAGCGCGUCGCGCCGCCGCCGCCGCCGCCGCCUGAUAUGGAGGAGGAGAAGGGCGUAAAGCUGGGUCUGGGCGACUUCAUAUUCUACAGCGUGCUCGUCGGCAAGGCCAGCUCCUACGGCGACUGGAACACCACACUCGCCUGCUUUGUUGCUAUACUUAUUGGAUUAUGCCUAACCCUCCUCCUGCUGGCGAUCCUCAAGAAGGCGCUACCAGCGCUGCCCAUCUCCAUAACCUUCGGUCUUAUCUUCUACUUCGCCACGCGCGGCGUCGUCAAGCCCUUCGCGGACGCGCUGGCCGCCGAACAGGUCUUCAUAUAGCUACCGCCCCACACACUAGAUAUCAAUUAAUGAAGGCGAUUCCUUCCAGUUACUGAUUAUCGUUGAACGUUUGAAAACUUUCAUGCGAUUGGCAUAAGGUCUACCUAAGGUUAGUUGUGUUGCGAGGACGUUAGAAGGGCGGAGAAAUGUUCACUUAUUUGUGCACGCUUAUUGGUAUCUAACCUUUGCAGUUUUGUAUAAAAUAAAGGAUCUUGGAGUCCGAUUACCAAAAAGUUGGGUUAUUGAUAUCUGAUUUAUUAGAAAACUCUCAGUAUUGGCUUUUAGGUUACCGUUAUUGAUCUCACUUUUUGGCUAUACCUAUUUAAAUUAUUUGACCUUAACUAAGAGGGUAAUACGGUAUUCUUGAUAGUUACAGAAGCUACCUAUCCUGACCGAACACAGAUGGACCUUAUGUCCUUGUAAUGAGGUUUAAGAAUUGUCAGUUAAUAGUAGACAGACCAAACUGACGACAAGGGUCAUAUCUCCAUCUCUCUCACCCUACCUUCCACCAAGCGAGCGUGAAUGAGAAGUUUUACAAUCGUCAGUUUGGUUUGUGUCUAUUAUAGCAGUAUCAGGAUUUACUUAUCUUCGCGGAGUCUCAUGUUAAGUCACCAAAAAGUAUAGCGCGCACGAUUGAGUGAAUAUGUCGCUAAUACAAAUUAUGAUUAAUAAAUAACUAAUACCCAGGGAAUUUUCUUGUAAUAUCUACGCAUAGUGCGUAUACGUAACCAAUACACUUCAUGCCUUUUUAUGAAGCCUUAGGCCGGAGCCCCACUGCUGCGCACGCUAUGUACACGACCCACGUUCCUAUACAAAAUUUCGUGGGCUUGCCCACGGUUUAAAUAAUAAUAAUAAAUAAAUAAAUAUUAGGGGACAUCUUACACAGAUCAAACCUAGCCCCAAACUAAGCAAAGCUUGUACUAUGGGUACUAGGCGACGAUAUACAUACUUGUAUAGAUAAAUACAUACUUAUAUACAUAGAAAACAACCAUGACUCAGGAACAAAUAUUAGUGUUCAUCACACAAAUAAAUGCCCUUACUGGGAUUCGAACCCAGGACCAUCGGUUUAGCAGACAGGGUCACUAUCCACUAGGCCAGACCGGUCGGUUUGUAUUAAAACGUGGGCCGUGUACAUAGCGUGCGCAGCAGUGGGGCUCCGGCCUUAUAGGACUUGCAGCUACCUAAUAUGGUAAGUAGGAAAUUUGUAAACACUGUCGAUUAUGACACGGUAGUCAGUCUUGUCUAACGAUUUGUUUAUUCAAUAAACACAACACACAAUAAACUUUAUUGUAUUGAGUAAUGAGUAAAUGAAUUUUAAUCUUAGAAUUUACAGAUGCGAUCUACUCUAGGUACUAACAUAAUGAAACACCGGAGAUACACUAAGUAAGAUUCUUGUCUUAGAUGAUUUAUUUGGUAAGCUAUUAAUCACAGAAUUAUACUAUUAUGGAGCGCAAUAGGAUUUUUUACAUAGACAAGUUUUACACUAAUAUUAGUUGCUGACAGCCGAGAAAAUCUAUAAACUCAAAAGGGCUAUUAGGAGAUUUAAAUGUUUACCAAAUAAUUCAAGUGACAAUUAACUCUUAAAGACUGACAAUUCCAGGUAAAAUCGCAGUGUCUAACCAAAUGAAUGUAGAUAUACUCGUUAAGGUAUACAAAUGUUAGUAACAAAAAUGAAAUUAAUACAAUACAAACAACCGACACAUCAACAGCAACUAGUAUAUAAACGCCGAAAACCGGUUCUGAUGUAUAAGUAGACGGUUCAAAAAGUUAAAAACCUAACCUAAGAUUACUUGCGUUACGUAACAUUUUUACUUAAGUUUCAAAAUAAUUGUUAACAUUCCAUUAGUUUUAUGCCUUAAUUCUUAAAUGGAUUGUUCUUUUCUGCUUAUCAGGUUUUUUGUUACUUAUGUAAUGUACCUGUAUAUUAUAAAUGACGACAUGCAUAAACUCUGAAAAUCUAUCCUUGAUUCUUAUAGCUGUUUCUAGGCGUGACCGAAUUAUCAGUAUAAUAUAAAUACUCUAUUUAUGUGCAGUUUUGUUUAAUCUUUUACUUGCAGGAAUGUCAUUUAACAAUCGUUUCAUAUAAUAUGUGAAAUCUUAGCAGCAGACAUGAAAUACUGCAGAAGCCAUCUUUGGUGAUGUAUAGGACAAUUUUAUUAGAAAUAUGGGCUUGCCGAUAGAACGUGUUGAGUUCUGUAAAGAAAAGCUCAUCCUUAAAUUAUAAUGUGGUUUAAAUUAUUAGCUAGGAACUUUGUAAAGCAAAUUAGGUAAUAUAACUUUUGAUAUAACAACAA